AUGCAUUGUCAGGCGUUCGUCAAAUUUACAGCUGUAGCCCCGAAUAAAAAUGAAGAAGGAAAUGAUGAUGAUGAUGAUGAUGAUGAUGAUGAUGAUGAUGAGACUGAUGAUGAUGAUGAUGAUGAUGAUGAUGAUGAUGAUAUGAUGAAGAAGAGGUGUCGUGAAAUGACGGCAACAAGUAGGCAGAAGAUCUCCAAUGUUGUUGUUGUUGUCGUUGUUGUUUUUGUUGUUGUUGUCGUUGUUGUUGUUGUUGUUUGGAUGAUAUACAUCAAAUGA